UCUGUUUGUUUGCAAUUUUGAGUCGUAAGUUUCUGUGUAUUAUAAUCGAAUUAUUCUAUUCUGGGUUUCCAAAGAAGGUUAGUUUUCGGCUAUUAGUAGUUAUUAUUUGUAUUAGUUGACUGGCGAAGCGUUUCGCCGGCUUGAUUCAGGAACAAAGCCUGUAGGAACUGCCUUUGUGACUGUUACUAAGGUGUCUGUAUGCAUUGGGGAGAAUACUGGAAAGUCAGUGGUUUUUCUUCAUCAAGUUCUCUGGCGCCUUUUCUGGGUAUGAGUAUUACUCAUGUACUGCAGUUUUAGAUCCCUCCUCCAUAUUAUAAUGCUAUUUUUCUGUAUCACCGACACCAUCGGUUUUUCUUCGGAUUACUAUCUCAUUAUUGAUUAACUUUAUGAAGUGGCAUUAAUCUAUUACCAUGAGUUGUAUGCUGUAUUCCAUACUCACUUCAAUAGUGACAAACUGUUGUCAAUUUGGAUUACGUGAAACUCAAGUUGCUUUCAUAAAUAUAUCAAAUGGUGAUCUGCACAUAGUCGUGUGAAAAAAAUGAUAAUAUGCUUAAUGCUAGAUUUACAAAGCCACUCGUUAGUUCAUUCACUAGGAGAAGCAAAAUGUUAGCCGUUUAAGUGAAACAUGUUGAUGUUUAUCAAGUAGGUAGUGUGCAAGAGGAUCAGGAAGUGUUGACUACAAUAGGAGGGAUCGGAAGGGAAUAUUAGCCUUACCAAAAUACACGACCAACUUAUGAAGUCAAAGACUGUUGAUUGAGUUGCUGAACGUCUGAAGAAUUAAUAGCUGAGAUGAGGUUGUUAGAAAUCGUUUCCAAUAGUGCAGAAGUGUUUGUCGUUGUCACUUGGUCAUCCUGUUGCAUCUCCCAUCGUAGAUUUAUACUUUUCUUUAUGCGUCAAAAUCUGUUAACCGGAACUUAUAGAUUCAUGUGAGAAUUUCUAUGUUAGUAUGUUAUGCAGUCGGUUAGCUUCUGUUUACUUGUGUAUAAUAAAAUUCCUUCUAGUAUUGUCCUACGGUUAGGAUAUGUCUUGUUUUCUGCUAUCAGUUAAGUCAGUACUUGAAAGUGUUGCAGCUGAAAUAAGUUUUUGGAAGAACAUUUCACUUGUCAACGUUCUUAUAUAUGAAGUUCAGGUGUCUCUGAUUCCAUAUAUAUCUUGCUAGUUUUGUAACUUUGAUGGUAGUGAUAUAUGAUAGCUUAUUUACUCUACUGAUUUUCAAGUUUUUUUCGUAACGUCAUCUUUUCACGAAUAUUCUUUAAAAUAUGCUCACAUGUGUGUUUUUACUUUUAGCUUGACCGUUCUAAAAUGAACAAUUAUACUGGACAGUAUGGAUAUUUUGUUCCGAUGCAAUCCAGCUAUACGUGGAGUGGGAAUCAAAUGCAUUCAAAUCCACAAGAACCUCAAUUCACCUACAGUUAUGAUUCUAACAAGCAACAAUCUUCCUUCACUGAGUAUAUGGGACCUCAGGUACAAGAUUAUGAAUCAUCUGUAAGUGAAUUUACUGGUCAGUAUAGUGGUGGCAGUGGUGGUGGUUAUCCUGGGACUCCUGCACCUAUGCAGUCUGCGUCAAACGCUCACUGGAGUGGGAAUCAAAUGCACACGCCUGCAAAACCUGCUGGUUACUGGUAUGGUUCUCGUGAAUCAUUGAAUCAAUCACGUUACCAAACGCCUACACUUACGCCUGAUAAAAAUCGUAAACCAAAGCUGCGCAUAUACUGCAAAUACUGUGCUAUUGCUUUCUCUGAUGAGCAUAGCUAUUCAAUGCAUUUAGACUCUGACAGGCAUAUACGUAACUUUAAGAAAAGUUUUAGUGCACCUGAAGAGAAACGCGUUAAAAGCAGAUCUAGGAGUGAUUUUCGCCGAAAUAUGAAUAGAAAUAGAAGACCUAAUUUCCAUUGUGAUGAUUGUAAACGAAACUUUCAGAGGAAGGAGCAUUAUCUUGAGCAUAUAACUACAGAAGGACAUAUGAAGAAAUCAUCCGAUCAUAAUAAAACAGAUUCUGAUGAUGGAGAACAGAGGAAAACUCCUAGACGUACUGACUACUGUGAAGUGUGUGAACAAACAUUCCAAAAUGGUCGUCAUUUUUAUGCUCAUUUAAGAUGGAAAAAGCAUAAACGUCUUUGUCGUGUCUCUCGUUUACUGAAAGGACAAUUAAAGAAGACACCAGAUGAAGUUGCCGGUGAUCCAUUAGGCGCAUUCGCUCUAUAUAUGAACAGAGACUGCUCUGUUCCAUAUGGGAACUAUGGAGAUUGUAAGGAAGUCGAAUUGGAUGCUGGUAAUGCAUUCUUACAAAAAUUUCUCGACUUGAAACAUUUAAUCUCUCAAGAAUCGAAUCCAGUCGGCGAGGAAUUUAUUCAGGAGCAAGUUUAUAAUACCCGUGAUAUGGAGUAUAGCUGUUCCUUGUGCAAAGGUGAUUUUAUUGGAGCUGAUGAAAUUGAAAAUCAUUUACGCAGUCUUACGCAUCAAAAGAAGUAUAAAGAAAAGUUUGAAUUAGAAGAGUUUACAUUUGAAGAAGAAAUGAAAUUAUCGAUAUCAGAUCCUGUAUUCGCUGUAUGGAAAACUUGUCAAUCUAGAGCUAGCAAGGAAUUAGCAAGAAUAAUUGGGGAGAAAGGAUUUCAUUUAUGCAUUUGUGGUUUCCGUAUCACAUGUUAUGAUGAUAUGCGAAGACACUUUCCAAUUAAAUACUAUGAAAUUCAUCAAAGAAUUCGUUCAUGGAAAAAAAGUUUAGAGAAGACAGUUCGUUCUCGAGCUGAUCGUCAUCGUAUUGAUUAUCGUGAUUGUUAUACCAUACUCAAUUUAUUUGCCCUGCCUAGUCAUGUGAUUGAUGCAAAAAGAGAUCGCGCUUUAGAGGUGGCUAAGGCUAAAUUACUCGAGAACCGCCUGCUAAUGAUGAAUCAGCAACAGGCAAGAAUGGAACAGGAGAAACCAGCGGAUAAUAAUAAUAAUAAUAAUAAUGGUUCAUCAAAUAAUAACUCUGGUUCUGCAACCACUGUCCCUGCACCGAAUAUCGAAUGUCUGCCUGAUAACAACACACAACCAUACCCAUCGUCGUCGUCAGCAUCCUAG